UUACCUGUAAAGCGCUUUGAUUGGAGUGUCCAGAAAAGCGCUAUAUAAGUGUAAGCAAUUAUUAUUAAUGAAUCGUAUACUUUCAAUUCCUGUGAGGGAAUAAGAUUGGCGACUGUGAUAAUAUUCUAAGCAUCACCGUUAGAGGUCGCUGUAAGCCUUUUCUUUUCCAAACCGAAAACAAGAUCCAAGCGCUGGUGUCUAGCACAAAGAGAAAAGGGAUGGAUUCACUUUUCUCAAAAUCUAAAACGGGUUGAAGCAGUGAAACCCCAGGACAACUGGCCUUGAAACUGUUCAUCUCUGUUGAACAAAACUUUCCUUUUUCUUGAGGCGGCUCCGGACUUUGAUUUGUUCUGCAGUGUGUGUGUGUCUUCGGGUGAUUGUGUGUCUUCUAAAACGAACGUGAUAAACGGUUAAUAAAGUUUGACUGACCGAGAUAGCGGCACUGUAAUGUCGAGUCUGGGUUUCGGAUAACCUUUGGACCGUAUGAAGAUGCGAUAUUACAAGUACGUCUAGAGAGCGAAUUAGCGACAGAGUCGUUUGUGGAUCGAAGUACAGUAACAGUUCAGUAUUGAGGGAUUCCCCGAGCAGCGCUUCAUGAACAGGAUCUUAUAGCAACCUCUGCUGAAGUAAACGACUCACACUGUAUACACAUACAAACUGCAUUGUGGUGUACAACUUUAAUAGCAUGUUUUUAUCCGCAGCUCAAUAGCAAAUUAAAUCUCAGCUGCGGCACUGUUCAGGUCCAAUUUACAUCUCAAUACCCCCUCGUCCUGUACAGAAAUGGCCAGGUCGAUGCUUACUGGUUUUCUGCUCUUUUAACAAUAAUAAGGGCCUAUCCAGCAGAUAGGAUCGAUUGGUUUACGGUCUCGGAAACGAACAGCCUCCGCUAACGGAGGUAUUGCACGUGGACUCAUGGCUUUAAAAAGUCAUCAGUCACCUCUGGCGUAUUGAAGCGAUAAAUGUGGUCAGGCUGUCAUUGCGUGGAGAAGUAAUCUAAUAAAGACAAUGCCCAUUGCGAGCGAUAUCCGUAAAGGCGUCUUUUGUGUACUCGUUUCGCUAUAAUGACUCCAAAUUGGCGUGUAGCUGACCGCAAAAUGUGUGUGCGACCUGUUUCAGAACUAUUCUCCACGUCCACUUGUAAAACUAUUGCCCAAGGUGCGUUAUUUCGUUAUGUUGCCAUCGUCUCUUUCCAACUCGGAGAAACUGUUUUGUUGUUGUUGUUGUUGUUGUUGUUGUUGUUGUUGUUGCGUUUAAAACGCUAGACUGAGAUGUUAGUUAAAACCCCUGUAUUGUCAAGCUCCCAGCCUGCGGGACAGCGGUGAUCGUCGGCACUGAAGUUAUUCUGGCUGCUCCGGCGGGUUACAAUGGAAGUUUAAAGGCAGUUUAUCCUUCUGCGGAAUGAAUUUAGUCUCAAUUCUUAUUCUUAUUCCGCCCCUAAAACAAAGUCAGGUGUACAGGCAAGGAGAACAGAAACCCAGUCAGUUGUUCUGCAUAUUUACGGUGUUGCUCCGCAGACCGGACCCUGACUGGCUCUAUAGACUCUAUAGAUCUCCUGAUCACGAUGUGCUGUGUGUGUGAGGGGGUGGAGAACAAUUCAGGACCCGUGAUUUAUACUAACCCCCAAUGGAUGUUUACCUUAAAAUGCAUCGUGUUGCCAAGGGAAGGCUACAGCGAGCAUUAUUCCACACAGGGAGACACGCUUGUGGUUUGUUCCCGUCUCUCCAUCAGUAACCUGGAAACCGCAGAGAGCGGCCCUGGUAUUUUAGGUUUAAAAAGACGGAAAGAGGGAAGGAGAGGCAGAGGCACUGUGAUAAUUUGAAGCCCUGCCAGGGGUACAUUGUCAAACUCAAAAGACAUUCUAAGAAACAAACCAUUCACUUUUUUUCCCCCUCUCCUCCUUUCCCCCCGGUCGCUGGCCGUUUGAAUCGGCCAAUGGGCUGGCGGCUCGGGACAUUGGCAUGUAAAUGAGCACAGCGCGUGCUCCGCGGCCCGUGAAAGCGCCGGAUUGUUUAUUGAGCUCCCGGAGCCACGCGCCUGGCUCGCGAAGCCGGCGAGCCGAAGAAAGCCCCCCGCGCGGGGCGGGGCCUGCGAGCGGAGCGUGCAAGGGGUGGGGUGCGGACGCGUGUUGAAAAAGAGGAGUGCUGCCAAAGUUUGCCUCAGAUCGGCGAGUGGAGUAGGUGCUUUUUUUUUAAAGGUUGGGAUCCAAGUUCCCCCGUGCGCUCCAGCCACACGCCCCACGCGAACGACACGAGAGCAACACCCAGUCAGUUGUGCGGGUUUUUUUUUUUCCUCUCCCCCGCCUCGCUCCGCGCACAGCCCGUCCAGGAGUCGCCCCCCGCUCGCACUGGGAGAGAUGGAGAGCAGCACCCUCGCCGCGGCGCCGGUCACGCAAGGUGCGUUCUCCUUCGGGCUGGAGAGCCGCGCCGCGCCGGAGUGCUGCGCCGACCCCCCGGGCAAGAGCCGGGUGCUGAAGAGACAGCGCUCCAGCUCGCCCGAGCUGCUGCGCUGCAAGCGGCGGCUGAGCUUCCACGGGCUGGGCUACACCCUGCCCCAGCAGCAGCCGGCCGCCGUGGCGCGGCGCAACGAGCGCGAGCGCAACCGCGUGAAGCAGGUCAACAUGGGCUUCCAGACCCUGCGCCAGCACGUGCCCAACGGCGCGGCCAACAAGAAGAUGAGCAAGGUGGAGACGCUGCGCUCGGCGGUCGAGUACAUCCGCGCCCUGCAGCAGCUGCUGGACGAGCACGACGCCGUGAGCGCCGCCUUCCAGUGCGGGGUGCCGUCCCCCAGCCUGUCGCACAGCUACUCGGCCGACCCGGGCUCGCCGCACUCCAGCUACUCGUCGGACGAAGGCAGCUACGAGCACCUGAGCUCGGAGGAGCAGGAGCUGCUGGACUUCACCACCUGGUUCGACAGAUACUGAUCAGCUGGGGAAAGCUGGUCGUCGAGAUCAAAAAUCAACCGGAGUACCUCUUGUCAGCGUUGCCACGACACGGGAGGAAGGAUUUAAAACCCAAAACCCUCUCCGCGGUCCCUCCUGAAUGAGCUGGACCGCUGCCGGUUCGCCUGGACACUGUUAACAAGGGGAGAAGAUCGGACAGACCCGCGGACUGUUCUGGUUAAAAGAAGUGCAAUUAUAUUUAACGGAGACCAUGAAGACUUGGCCCGGCUUCUGCAGAGACGUGUGGCACCGGGACGGCAUGGACUCGGACCGGACCGGACCGGUACUGCCACUUGUUCAACAGCUCUCGCACCCACGGGUUCUAACGGGGGGGUGGGGUUAGCGCCACCCGUGUCCUUUCCCCGGUCGUGAAAGUUGCGAUUUGAAAUUGUUGUACAUUUUCUAUUCUGUUUGCUAUAUAUCGCGCCGAAUUAUAUGAAGACUUAUUUUUGUACAGGAAUUCGAAAACGAAAACAAAGUUUCUCGGGAAACACUAACGGUGCCACUUUGUUGCUGGAGAUCUGGAGGUUAUUAAGAUCCAGUCGUCAUAGAUAGACCUCUAUAACACUGUUUAAACUGCUGGACGUCCCGGUGUUGUGUGUUUGUGUGUAUAUGGUGUGUCUCGAGCUGGUGAAAUGGUUAACACUGCCUAAGAAUGAUUGAAGGGUUUAUAAUGUAAGGAAGAUUUUUAUAUGUAUGUAUGCACUUGUGUCGCCAUUGUUCCUACUAAAAUGUACAUAUGCAAUUUUUUAACAGAGAUAUCAUAUUUUAUGUAAAAAUAGGCUUUAUAAAUAAAGAAUUUUCUAUUUAUACUAA